AUGACACAUACAUCCUUCGAGUCACUUCUCGAACAUCACCUCUGCCUCAACAACCGACCUCCCAUGUCUCCAUAUACCGAUGUUAAACCAGCCUGUUUGUCUGACCCAAGGCAGCUCGUCUUCUUUGACUACAACUCACCUCUGCCGUUCUACUAUCCAACCUCUCCCAUGCUUUACCAGCCCCGGGCCCCGUCACGCAUGCUUUCAUCGCAACUGCCUUCAACGCCGGUUACAAUGACGGAGAAGAAGAUUGAGAUGCAGCACAACUUGCGACAACAGCUCGCCUCGCGCAAUAUGAUGUUUCCGCCGCUGUCUCCCAUGAGUUAUCCGCCUCAGCUAGAUUGUGGGCACCAAAUGCUCAAUAUGCCAGUGUACGGUGGUGGGCCUGGGUUUGGUAUGAUGGCGCGCGGAAAUCGCCGAUUCGAAAGCCAAACACUCUCGAUGCUGGACGAGUUUUGUGCGGCAAAGGGCAAGAAACGGGAGCUCAAUGACCUCAAAGGUCAUAUCGUCGAAUUCAGCAGCGAUCAACAUGGGUCACGUUUCAUUCAAACCGAGCUCAAUGACGCCACAAAUGUUUUCGGUAAUCAUGUGGGUAGCUUCAGCUUUGGUCCUCUUCGUCUUGCAAAUGUGCUCGCCACAGACGCCCUUGUUGGUGCCAUGGAAGGCCAUAUCAUCUACCUCUCGUCCCACGUCUAUGGCUGCCGCGUCGUGCAAAAAAAGCAGCAAGCCAAGUUUGUCCAAGAACUUGAGCCCCAUAUUCUCAGAUGUGUCAAAGACUCGAACGGGAGCCAUGUCAUUCAGAAGGUCAUCGAGCGAGUUUCUCCCGACCGACUUGGUUUCAUCUCAACCUUUAUCGGCCACGCCUAUGAGCUUGCUUCUCAUCCAUUCGGCUGUCGUGUCUUGCAACAAUGUCUUCGUCACCUUCCCGAACCAUACACCCGGCCACUUCUCGAUGAACUACUCAAAGGUCAUACGUCCAAUCUCAUGCAAGAUCAAUUUGGGAACUAUGUCGUCCAGUCCAUCCUGGAAAACGGAUUGCCCCGCGACCGAUCAUCCAUCAUUACUCAGCUUCGUGGGCGCAUGCUAUCAAUGGCUCGCCAGAAGUUCGCCUCCAAUGUCUGUGAAAAGGCAAUGAUAUUUGGCGACUCAGACGGUCGCAAGGCGAUAAUUGAAGAGCUGAUGGGACCAGCUGUGCGAUCUGAUGGCCCGACGCCAAUUGGGUUGCUCAUGAAGGAUCAAUACGGCAAUUAUGUUCUCCAACGAGCGCUUGCCGUAGCGGAAGGCGAGCAGAAAGAGGCCCUCAUCAAUGUCAUUCGUCCCCAACUAGCUACUAUACGCAGGCAUGCGACCGCUUACAGCAAACGUCUUACCUCUAUCGAACGGGAAUUGCAGAAACACACACCCAAGCCCGAUUGUGCAUAA